GUAGGAUUGCUGCUAAUUAAUACUUGGAAUCUUGCACAACAAUUAGUGAAAUGAAAAACCAGUCGAUAGCAAAGUUGGAACUUGCCGAAUCAAUAUCAUUUUAUCUUCAAGGAUGGCUUAUGUCAGAAAAUGCGAAUACAACUCAACAAAUCAUGUCAUCUUUUCAUCGGGCUUCUAGUCUCUACAUCAAUCGUCUUAUUGUUCAAUUGAUACUCCAAAAUGGAAGUUCACCUUUAUUUUCAAUGUAUAUACUUCCAAGUGGUUCAUCAUCAAGGAAACAAUAUAUUUAUAUUUCCCCAGGAUUGCUGGACGCUUUCAAUACUUGUAUGUUAAACAUGAAUGAUGUCUCAGAAGAGAUCACGAAGACAAAAAUUUUCAAAUACUUGCAAAAUGUCGGAGCUAAUUCCAAUACUAUAUAUAUGUUGGACGGUGUGUUCGAAUUUUAUUCUCAAAUUAAAAAC